AAACUCCCAAACCUUUGGAGACGGGCCCAUCAUCUUCCUUAUCCAUUUCUCUUCUCCUCCGUCUCUCCUUCCUCCCGUUUCCUCACCCGGCAAAGAAAUACUUCCACGUGGCGUCAUCUCCGCCACCCUGCGCUCCACCUUCCAAUCCCCCACCAGCAAAUACUCCAUCUCCGACAGGGACCUCGAGUCCCGAGGCUUCUUCCUCCGACGAACCAUUUCCGGCCUCAAUUUCGAUCACCUCAACUCUGUCUUCGUGGCCGUUGGGUUCCCGAGACGGGACCCAGAGAAGAUCAAGCUGGCGCUGGAACACACCGACUCCCUGCUAUGGGUGGAGUACAGCAAGACCCAGAAGCCAGUGGCGUUUGCCAGAGCAACUGGGGACGGCGUUUUCAAUGUCAUAAUAUGGGAUGAGGUGGUGGACCCGUCGUUCCAGGGGAUGGGGCUCGGAAAGGCUGUGAUGGAGCGCCUGAUAGAGGAGCUUUUACAGAAAGGAAUUUGCAACGUCGCCCUAUAUUCGGAGCCACGUGUUCUCGGGUUUUACAGGCCUCUCGGAUUCGUGGCCGAUCCAGAUGGAAUCCGAGGAAUGGUCUACUCCAGAAAACAGAGAAAGAAGAAGUAAACCGAAGAAAAUUUUCUUUUAUUUUGAAUUUCUGUUUGCCUCAACUUCUUUAGUUGAAGAGGAAACUUGAGAAUUAUGCUGGGAUGGGAUACUGUUUUCCAGAGACCAUAUUUGAAAAUACUAGCUUAAUUACAAAGAAAUUGCUUUUGAUUAUAAGUGCAGUGCAAUUUGUUACAGAAACUUAUAUUGUUGAAUACUGGAUGAUUUCCUACAUUCUCAAUUCAGAUACAUCCCGUUGUGUCAAUGCAACAGCUUAAUCAAUCUGGUGUUACACAAGCUUAGGAAACUGCAAACUGCACUCUCUAACUUGCUACUUCU